CUCUGCUUCAACUUUAGAUGACUGAUCUGAAAGAGCAGACUUGAUCGGCUAGAGAGGGCAGACUGCUACUCUACAUUGCAAGAUGAAACACUGUUUUGCAAUCAGCCUUUCAAUUGCAGUCCUCCUGGGUAACUUUAUCAAGCUCAGAGCUGCCACUACCGGACCGGCUCCUGUCGAAUCUGAUAGUCAUGGGUCUCAAGUGUGUCCAAUGUGCUGCCAGGGUCCUGCUGGGACACCCGGAAUUCCGGGCAUACCAGGAAAUCAAGGUCAAUUUGGACCGGCAGGGGAAAAGGGCGAUGCUGGGGUCAAGGGUGAGAAGGGUGAGAUUGGUCCAUUCGGCGCUGUUGGGAACCCUGGCCCGAAAGGGGACGACGGAAUGGGCCUGCCUGGUAAGGCAGGCCCCAGAGGUCCACCUGGUUUAGUUGGAGCCAUCAGGGAAGCGGGGGUCAAGGGUUCAAAGGGCGAGCCCGGGGAGGCUUCAGAUGACACCGCCCACUGGGUGGCGUUCACAGUGACACGGACAAGCCACUCGGAUACCUCUACGAGUCAUGAAACCCGUUUGCCCUUCGAGCAGUUCAAGACGCUUCUGCCGGGUACAGUCUUCGAUCUUGCAACGGGAACAUUCACAUGUAGCGUGCCGGGUACCUAUGUGUUCACAUUCUCCGUGGGCAAAUAUUCUCCUAGCAAUCUCUACGUUCAUCUUAGGAAAAACGACGACCAGGUUGUAUCUGGCGCCAGCACUGAUCACAGUCCCAAUGAGCAGGUGUCCGGGAGCGCGGUGCUGGUUCUGCAGCGAGGAGACUCGGUGUAUUUGACCUUCAAUGGUAGGGCGUAUACUGGUUCAAACCGACACUACACCUCAUUUAGCGGUUUUCUAAUUUACUCCCAAUGAACAAGAGAAAGUAUGGAUUAAAUAAACACGAUUGCAUUUCGUGCUGCUUUGCUAUUUCAGAUACAAAAUGUUAGUACGAAAAAUGUAGUCUGCAUAGAUAUUUGGAAAUGCUUUGCUUUUCCCACAAAAUGUAAUAACCUCAGCUGAUCUUCAUCAGAUGCUAUUAUCAAUCGUUUUGGUAUCUUGGGCCUGAUUUUUCCUUUUUUUCAAUUGAUUUCAAAUUAAUGCAGUGUUGUGUGUAUUGAAACAAAUUGAACGAAAUCAUCUGAAUUAAUAUGUUAUGUUCUUCGUUAAAAGAUACAUCCCCGUCAUGGGAGCAAGGAAAACACGAAGACCCAAGGUACAGUUAACAAUGGACUUUUUGAAAAAGAAAGGGCUUCUUGAACCUUUUUAUGUCUCACCGAUCGGAAACUCAAAUAUACUCCUUUGUGUACAUUGAAACGCUCCCCUCCGUUCUUGUCAAGUUCAGCCUAGUCUCCAAUCCUGGACACGAACUCAUCCUAACUUUCAGGCACACAAGGAAUCCAAACAUCAUUAGGAAGCAGCUAAAUGCAACUGAAGCAACUUGCUUACUUUCACUUAUUAGAUAUCUCAUAAUAAUAGAAAAUAUCUCCAUUCCGGGAUAAAAAUGUUAACUUUGCUCGCCAUAUAGGUAAAUUAACGACUGGGUUGUCAGUGGUGGUAGCAAAUAAUCCAGCAUAGAAGAGCAGAUUCUGGGAGCGAAGUGGUCGUAUUUCAGCAAGGAGGCUCAUUGUAUUUGACCAUGCAGGGUAGGGCUUGGAGUUAUUCAGCUAAACGCUACGUUUUAUUCAUUGGCUUUCUCCUUUACACAAAGUAAAGACCAACAGCCAAGAAUGAGGUACACAGCUUUUCGUGCAAUUUCUAUUGGCUUGAAAUCUCUCUUGAGUUGGAAAAUGUUUUUACUCUCUUACAUAUUUAUUAGCCUUAGCUAUUGUAGUGGAAUGUUAUGGUUUUUCUGUGCUUAAAGCUUAUUAAGCUUAUUUUCCACUACUUGCAGUCAAUAAAUGUUAAACGUUCCCGUCUCGUUGUGUACACUUACACUAAGACCAUCUUUGU